AUGAACCCAUUGGAAACUAUCAAAAUCGAUAACCCCGCCAACAGAGGUGUAAGACAAACAUUCGACAACGUCUUUCUUCGUGAUUCUUGCACCUGCGCUCAGUGUGUAGACACAUCGACGCGCCAGAAGCGCUUUGAUUCUGCCGAUAUACCUUCGAACAUCAGAAUCAGGCAUAUGACGUCUGACGCAAGCAACGGCACCAUCACACUUACCUGGAAGCACGACAUCCCUGGCUUUGGUCCAGAUCACACGACGGUCCUGCCCUAUAAAUGGCUCAAGCAGGCGCCACACUCACCUGUGACCCACACCUAUCAGGACGGGAAACUAGCUUGGAAUAACAAGCAGAUCUCGAAAAGGGUCAAGACCUUUGCCUACAACGAUUACAUGUCGGACGACAGGGUACUCUUCGAUCUCUUACUACAACUAAAAGUGUUGGGUCUCGUGUUCAUCAAGAAUCUUCCCGAAACGGAGUCAUCGAUCAUCCAGACAGCCAAUCGCAUUGGGCCAUUGAAAAACACCUUCUAUGGCGAGACGUGGGAUGUGCGAAGCGUCUCGAACGCGAAGAAUGUUGCUUAUACUGAUGUACACCUCGGCUUCCACAUGGACCUUCUCUACAUGCAGCAGCCUCCCAGACUGCAACUCCUCCACUGCCUCCGUGCAUCUGAACAUGGCGGUGCUUCGUUGUUCAGUGACUCGUACCGAGCUAUGCAGCAGCUUUAUGAUUUGGAUCAGGCUGCAUUCCAGGCUCUCGUGGACAUACCAGUCAAUUUUCAUUACGACAACGACAACCACCACUACUUCCGUAGUCGGCGUACCUUCCAAUUGCAAGAGGGUACAACCAAGAUUCCCCAAGGCUCGGACAAGGUCUGGACAUAUAUGGAGGCGGUCAACUGGGCACCACCAUUCCAAGCGCCCUUCAACCAUACCGAGGGUGAUAUUGCACUGGCCAGAAGCAUGCGAGCAUGGCAUGGAGCGGCACAAACGUUCCGAGACUUGACAGAACUCGAGACGGCAGUGUACAAACGACAAAUGGAACCCGGUGAGUGUGUGAUCUUUGACAACCGUCGUAUCUUGCACGCCAGAACAGCAUUUGCUGGCGGUGAGAGAUGGCUGAGAGGUGCUUACCUGGACGAUGAUCCGUAUCUGAGCAAGAUGCGAGUGUUGGAAAAGAACCCCAAGCACGCGAUGAGCGUACAAGCUCCGGCCAAAAGAAAGCCGAGUGUGUAA